AUGGCAGACGUUAUGCAGCUAGGGCGACAGGCUUCUAGAGUUGAACGAGGCGCACAUGUCGAGUGCCUCUCUGGCGUUCUCCGUGUCGACCACUGGUUGUGGCUUGCAACGGAGCCAUACAAAGUUCUUCAAAGAACCGAUUGGACCCGCAUUUGCCAAUCCGGACCCUAUGCGUUCAUGGCGCUAAGGCCCGAAUGUCAGCCUGUGGUUUUCGUCUCCCCCUCUUGCACUCAACCUUCUUUCCCAUGCCUCAUCCGACUUGUGGCCUCAUAUCAGCGACACCGCAUGGCGUUGGCGGCACGCAUCGAUCGCCGCGCCGCCGAAACACUCAUCGGACUCUCCAUUCCGAUGGAUGGCAGCUGGGCGCGAAUGGGCGGUGAGGCUGCCCUCGAGCGCAUUCUGGUGUCGUUCACGGCCUGUUCAGUACGUGUGACAGCUUGUGCGAGCUUCAUGCUGGCCCCGAAGCCCGACGUACUUGUCCCGGGCGCCGGGGCCCAAGCCUCAUGGGCCAAUGGGAUCUCUUCUUUACCAGAAAUCAUCUGUAAAAACAUUUAUGUUCGAGCACACAAACUCAAAUACAUGUCCAAACUCGAGCCUACUCCGGGUAUCCCUGUAGAACAUGGGCCGGACCGACGCCACAAACGAGUGGACCUUGAUGUUAAUCCCGCGGUUGCCGUGCUCCCGCUGCUCAGUCCAGUUCUCGUCUCCCCACUGCUCACUCUCAGGUUGGCGGAUAGAUAGUGUUGGCCAUG